AUGCUUGAGAAAAUUUUUCCGCCAUCUUUCUUCGAUAUUAUGAUGCACUUACCUAUCCAUUUAGUUGACGAGGUUAAGUUAAGUGGACCAGUAAGUGGUUGGUGGAUGUUCGGACCCGAAAGGUAUCUUGGAAAAUUGAAAGAAUAUGUCAAAAAUCGAAGUCGCCCUGAGGGCUCUAUAGCUGAGGGAUAUUUGGCAGAAGAGGGUUUGAUAUUUUGUUCGAGAUAUUUGCCUGAUGGUGCAAAGAAGAAAUCCAAAGGCUUUAAUCGUAAAUCUGUUGAAGUAGAUGCAUGUGAUGAUGUAUCAAUUAUUUUUCCUAAGGUGGGACAUCCUCUUGGCAGAAAAAAGAGAGGGAAGAAAGGGGCAUUCUCCCUAGACUCCAACACACAAAAUCUGGCUCAUCGUACUAAGGAUAAUAAUCCGAGAGUUGAUGGGGUCAAUUAUUAUGGGAGAAUAAAUGAUAUCAUUGAGAUUGACUAUUGGGGUUCUUUUAGUGUUGUCUUAUUCAAUUGUGAGUGGUUUCAAGAGGAAAAUGAUUCAUAUGGUCUCACCCGUGUUAAUUUCAACAAGUUGUGCUAUGAAGAUGACCCUUUUGUCUUGGCAUCACAAGUGAAUCAAGUUUUCUAUGUAAAAGAUGCUAUUGAAGAUGGCUGCUACUAUGCUAUGAAAAAAUUAGCAAAAGACUUCACUAAUAUGAAGGACCAAACAGAGGACACAUAUUUUAUUGAAUCUAGUGAAUAUGUGGAGGAUACGUCGGUGUCUAUGCUCAACGGCAAUGAUGAAAAUAGUUGGAGUAGAGAGGGUGCACCUCCUGUUAUCCUUGAUGAUCUUCAUGCAAUUCAAAACCAAGAGCCUAACUCAGAAUCUGACGAUACGGGUUUGAUAUAA